GCACACUUCCGCCAUAUCUCGCCGUGCUAAGGAGAAAACCACGUUGCUAGGUAACAGUAAUGGCGGCCGCCAAGGGCCUAGUAGGCCUCGGGCUGAAGGCUUUGCGGGCCAGGACGUUUCUGCAGUGUGGGCGGCGAGAUCCUCUUCCUGCGGUCUCCUUCAGCUCGGCAACUGGAUCUCAUGAAGAAAAGUUGAAAAUUAGGCAGGCUGAGAUGAUGUCCCGUGGUUUGCCAAAGCGGAAGCCAAUUCCUGGUGUGAAGCAUGUCUUGGUGGUUGCAUCUGGCAAAGGAGGUGUGGGCAAAUCAACCACUGCAGUGAAUCUGGCGUUGGGAAUUGCAGCGAGAGAUGAUGUAAAAGGAGUGGGUCUUCUGGAUGCUGAUGUGUAUGGACCAUCUAUUCCACGAAUGAUGAAUCUGAAAGGAAAUCCAACGUUGUCAGACAGGAACUUGAUGAUUCCUCUUGUCAACUAUGGAAUUCAGUGCAUGUCCAUGGGUUUCCUUGUGGAAGAGACUGAUCCAAUAGUAUGGAGAGGGUUGAUGGUCAUGUCUGCAAUUGAGCGAUUACUAAGACAGGUAGACUGGGGGCAGUUGGAUUACCUGGUUAUAGACAUGCCACCUGGAACUGGAGAUGUGCAGCUGUCCGUCUCUCAGAAUGUCCCUAUCUCUGGGGCUGUGAUAGUCUCAACUCCUCAGGAUAUCGCAUUGCUGGAUGCUCGCAGGGGGGCUGAAAUGUUUCAGAAAGUCAAUGUUCCUGUGCUGGGCCUUGUACAGAACAUGAGUGUUUUUCGUUGUCCAAAAUGUGAACAUGAGACCCAUAUCUUUGGAGCAGAUGGGGCAAGGCAACUUGCUGCUACUAUGGGACUUGAUAUUUUAGGUGACAUUCCUUUGCAUAUUAACAUUAGAGAAACCUGCGACUUGGGCAAACCAGUAGUUGUGUCUGAUCCAGAGAGUAGUGAGGCCAAGGCGUAUGUGGAUAUUGCGCAGGAAAUAAUCAUAAGAAUCUCCAACUGAUGGUCAAAUGUCCUCAUCAAGGAAAUCUACAAAAAAGAGAUGUCUAUCAGGUACUCGGCAGGCAAGAUGCUGUAGCAAGUGAAGACCAGGACAGAAAAUGAAUGUACAAUGAAUAUGAAUCCAAAAAGGUGUACACAAAAAGAGUGUGUUUUAUUCUGUUGUGAGGAAGACUUUUAUGAAUGGCAUGUUCUCUGUGACUUUCAUGGUUUAUUCACACUAUGUUUACAAAUUAUUUGUUAUGCCAUUUGGCCAAAUUGAAGUGUAUACUAACUUGUUAAUAGAAAACGAGGGAGUAAAUCCAUAUUUGCCACCUUUGAUACUAUGUAGUUACCUUAUUGGACACAUGGUAAAAUACAUUUUUUUAUGAUUUUUGUUGGUAGGCUGCUGCAUGACAAGCUCAAGAAGAGUAAAAUCUGGAGAAGCAUAAUUCAAUUAUCUAUUUGAUAAGGACUCUUGCAGAUUAAGCGCCUUUUUCUACCAUUUCCUACGGCAAGAAACGCUUGGCUCUCUAGGCAUAAACACCAUAAUAAUAUAAAACCUAAAAUAUAUUUAUUAAUAAAAUACUUAACAUAGUUGUACAAUGUCUCAGUUUCCAAAACCACAAUACUUCAAGAUAAACAAUGUUGGGCCCUGGUAGCAUAUGUGGUACUUUUGUUUAAGCAUGUUGUUUUUAAAGAAGUAGCAAUGUGUAUUAUAUCCCUCCAGAUAAAGUAUAUGUAUAUAAUCAUUUAAAUGGGUUCUACAGGCAUUUCACUUAAUCCUUUGGAAGAUGUUACUAACCUUUUGAAAAGAAGGUCUUUUACAUAGUACUUACCCAUCCCUGGCUCCACUGAUGCCACCGUCUUCCACCUGGUUCCCAUCCUGAAGUGUCUCCUCAUUUUCCUGUUCAGCUGUAUUUACUGUAAUACAUUUUGCUCUAAGUAAGAGCGGUCUUGCCACUCGAAAUGUGUCAGCAAUGUUUUUAUCCUUGUGUCCAGGAAUUAAUAAAGACUUAUGUCAGUG